CCAUUAAUGAUCUCUCUCUGGGGUCAAUCCUCUUCACUUCUUAAAGCUACGCCUUCUUCCCUGUUUCCUCUCUCUCAUUAGAUCAUACCUGCCCAAACUCUCUCUCUCUCUCCCUCUCCCUAUGUCUUCUAGCCUGAGAAAGCUUCCGGUCCGCCACCCGGUGGUGGUAGACAUCGGGUGCAACUGCCGGCGGCCAAAGCUUUCCUUUCUCUUCACCUCAACCUCCCGUUCGAAAGCCAAAGCCACUCUCACCGACCCCUUCUCUCCCACCACCACCACCACCACCACCUCUUCCUUCACUGCUGCCACCUUCACCGCUACCACCGACACCUCCGCAUGCGAAGACACGCCGUCGCCGGCCAAGCAGAUCUCCGCUGCCGGGAGCCCAGCGGUGGGUGGGCGGGGGACGAGGAGGAGGAGGAAGAAGGGGAGGGUGGCGAGGGAGAGCGUGGCAGUGGUCAAGGAGUCGGCGGAGCCGUACGCCGACUUCCGGGAAUCGAUGGUCCAGAUGAUCGUAGAGAAGGAGAUAUACGCGUGGGAGGACCUCAACGACCUCCUCCACAGCUUCCUCGCCCUCAACUCCCCCCGCCACCACCACCUCAUCCUCCGCGCCUUCACCGACCUCUGGAGCGGGGUAUUCUCUGCCCCCUCCACCUCUCUCCUCUCUAACCGGUGACUGGGCUUCACCGCCGGGCGUCUAAGCUAGCCGUUCGUGCUUAUGCCUACCAGGUCGUAGACUUAGGAUUCCUUACUGUAGAUGAGGAGACGUCAGAGUGUUUGGGGUUUGGCGUAACGUAGCGGAUGGUGUAUAAUGUAAUGAUGGUAGGAAAUGUGUAGUAAGAGUGUUGUUUGGCUUGGCGUGGAGGACGAUCAUGAUGGGCGUGCGAAGGGGUUGUGGUGAUGUUUUUUUUGAAUUUCUCAACCCUGAACGGCGUUUCCUGCUUCCCUUGCAGAACUCAAUGAUGUUA